AUGUCCCCGGGGGCAAACGACGGGGCGGACGUGGAGGGAAAAGGAACCCUUUUCUGGUAGGGACGGGUUUUAGGAAACCAGGGGUUUAACGAACCGGAACCUAACCAAGAAAGGCAAGUCAAUAGGGACCAAUGGGCCCAAAAAUGGAUAAAAAAAGGGGGGAUUCAAUUAAAUUUUAAAAAAAACAAUCCACAUUUUUAGCUACGUUUUUUUUAGAUGGGAUGAUUUGGACGUGAAACGCGAAAAUGCUUGUAUCGUUACCAUUGACUUGCAUUGAAUUUGUGCCACAAAUGCUAAAAAGUUAGCAUUUGAAACAGUGGCCAGGUAAACAAAACCAGAACAUGGGUUGCUUUCAUACCUCGUCCAUAGACGGGAAACCAGGUAAGGAAACCAAUAUGUCAUUUUGUAAUGUGGAUGAACGAUCCCUUUUAACCAUUAGACGGGAAUCAGAGUUUCAGUCAGCUGGUAAUAGCCGGCUUCCGGCCGGUGAAAUUUGCCGCUUGCCAAUUGUCCGGAAGAAGAGGAAGACCAAAUCCCAUCGCGAAAUAAUGUUUUUUAGCCUCUUGAUUGGUGGAAACGCCAGUCGGUGGAAACGCCAGUCGGUGGAAACGCCAGUCGGUGGAAAUACAUUUAACUGGUCAUGCUUAUCGGUCUAUAGGUUAAUUUGUAUAAUUUUUGUGGAAUUAAAUUGGCGCCUUUACAGUAUAUUCGUUACGUAUCUUAUUUAUCGCGACGCGUAAAUCAGAUACAGAGACUUUGAGUGGAACAUCUGUCAGCUGCUGCAGCAUAUAGAAGACAGCGCCAUCCACUCUGCAACGAGCUGGAGGCAGUAUGCAUUUUGAAAACAUAUACUUAAAUUGUUUGAAACUUGAACAUUUUACUACAUAUUAUGAGGCAUGUUUUACCUUGCUUCAAAGUGGCCUAGCGAAAUUCAGACCAAUUAUUUUAUAUCAACUUUCUUUCGUUGUCCGUUGUGCAAAAGGCACAAUCCUAGUAAUUUUUUAAAAAAUGUUUUAAUUUAACCUUAGUCUCAUUGAGAUCAAAUCUAUUUUUUCAAGAGAGACCUGGUCUAACCAAGACUGCAGCAAUGUUUGAGACAAAUAUCAGAUAUACUGUAACAAUUUAAAGACAUAAAAUAAAAUGUUUUGACGUAGACGCACAGAUUUCAAUUACAGAAACAUACAAAUUGGUGCAUAUUAGAGCUCCCCUUUCAAAAUUUCUAGUGGAUACUUUCAUCUCUCACGUGAAACCGCUCGCAUGCCUUUUUGACAAGUGUUUCCCCGCUAAUUGCAUUAUGGAACGAACAUGUGAAAUGUGAAAUAAUUAAGAGUUUAUCAACAUUUUUAAGCAAAAAAAUUCUGAUCUCUUGCAUCAGACUUAUUGCUUAAAAAAAAAAAAAAAAUGUAGCUUAACUGGUUGUAUUAAUUUGGGAUCUAUUUUCCCACAACUGUCCCAGAGUCUGUUUGGGAAAGGCUAUUUAUUUUCUUGACAAUCUGACCAAUAAAUAGGUGAGCUUUCCUACUACGGGGGAAUAGUAGAUUGACAUACAGUGGGGGAAAAAAAGUAUUUAGUCAGCCACCAAUUGUGCAAGUUCCACCAUCAUUUGCAAAUAAAUUCAUUAAAAAUCCUACAAUGUGAUUUUCUGGAUUUUUUUCCCCCUCAUUUUGUCUGUCAUAGUUGACGUGUACCUAUGAUGAAAAUUACAGGCCUCUCUCAUCUUUUUAAUUGGGAGAACUUGCACAAUUGGUGGCUGACUAAAUACUUUUUUCCCCCACUGUAGGCAAGUGAUUUUGCUGUUCGUUACUCGUCUUGUUGGCUGAGGGAAAAGUACACCGAACAAAAAUAUAAACUCAAAACGACGAGCACGCAGAUGAGCUUCCCUGAGACGGUUUCUGACAGUUGGUGCAGAAAUUAUUCGGUUGUAAAAAAAACAGUUUUCAUCAGCUGUCCGGGUGGCUGGUCUCAGACGAUCCCGCAGGUGACGAAGCUGGAUGUGGAGGUGCUGGGCUGGCGUGGUUACACGUGAUCUGCGGUUGUGAGGCCGGUUGGACGUUCUGCCAAAUUCUCUUAAAACGACGUUGGAGGCGGCUUAUGGUAGAGCGCUCCCUCAACUUGAGAGAUCUUUUAUUGUCCCCAGCACAAGGUGCACCUGUGUAAUGAUCACGCUGUUUAAUCAGCUUCUUGAUAUACCACACCUGUCAGUUGGAUACACUAUCUUGGCAAAGGAGAAAUGCUCACCAACAGGGAUGUACAAAAAUUUGUGCACAAGAUUUGAGAGAAAUAAGCUUUUUUUGUGCAUGUGGAAAAUUUCUGGGAUCUUAUAUUUCAGCUCAUGAAACAUUGUACCGACACUUCACAUGUUGCCUUUAUUUUUUGUUCAGUUUAUUAUUAUUAUUAUUAAAUAGUAAAUGUAAACAGUUAUUCUAACGUCUUCAAAGUGCACAUCAGAAUUUGGUAAGAAGGACACGCACAUCGUUGCAUCCUCGAUUUUUGCACGUUCUGUUAAUAUGAUUUACUAUAUUCAUAUGUGAACGCCCUAAUGAGGUUAAGCAAAUGGGUCCGGUAAAUUUCUCAAAUGUCCGUUAAAUUUUAAAAUGCUGCCGGUUAAAUGUCCGGCGCCGCAAUUUCCUAACGGAAACCCGAAAAGUCGGAAAUAUGACUUUACGUCGGUGUGAUCCACAGGAGCCAGGAUGGACCAGCUGGACCUGCAGCCCACAGGGGACACACCACUAAGGUAACUAUAGCACACACACACAGUAGAGUUUCUACUUUCUCUUUUUCUACAAGUAUUGCGCUCUCUUAUUGGGUUAUUGAUUGGUUAUUGAUCUCUGUUAUUGUGUUAUUGAUCUGUUAUUGAUUUGUAAUUGACGGAUAUGUUAUUAGGUAUUUAUUGGUAGGGGUGUGAAUAUUUUAAACGUUUAUAAAUUAAAUUGGGAUCCUUAACGUUAAGAAAAAUCCCUAAUGGGAAAAACAAUUUUUUUUUUGUCCCCCACCCCCACACAAAUGAAGCUGACUAUUUCUCUUCGCCAGUGUGUGUUCAGUCUUUGGUCUGUCCUUUAGAAUAUCCUAGUCAGCCUCCCGAGUGGCGCAGCUGUCUAAGGCACUGUGUCUCAGUGCUUGAGGCAUCACUACAGACCCGGAUUCGAUCCCAGGCUGUGUCACAGAGACCCAUGAGGCGGCGCACAAUUGGCCCAGCGUCGUCCAGGGUAGGGGAAGGUUUGGCCGGCCGGGUCGUGUUUUGGAGGACCCAUGGCUCUCGACCUUCGCUUCUCCCGAGUCCGUACGGGAGUUGUAGCGAUGGGACAAGACUGUAACUACCAAUUUGAUAUCACAAAAUUAAGGAGAAAAAGGGGUAAAAGUACAUAUUUUUUAUAUACAGUACCAGUCAAAAGUUUGGACACACCUACUCAUUCCAGGCUUUUUCUUUAUUUUUACUAUUUUCUACAUUGUAGAAUAAUAGUGAAGACAUCAAAACUAUGAAAUAACACAUAUGGAAUCAUGUAGUAACCAAAAAAGUGUUAAACAAAUCAAAAUAUAUUUUAUAUUUGAGAUUCUUCAAAGUGAUGACAGCUUUGCACGCUCUUGGCAUUCUCUCAACCAGCUUCAUGAGGAAUUAUUUUCCAACAGUCUUGAAGGAGUUCCCACAUAUGCUGAGCACUUGUUGGCUGCUUUUCCUUCACUCUACCGUCCGACUCAUCCCAAACCAUCUCAAUUGGGUUGUGGUCGGUUGAUUGUGGAGGCCAGGUCAUCUGAUGCAGCACUCCACCACUCUCCUUGGUCAAAUAGCCCUUACACAGCCUGGAGGUGUGUUUUGGGUCAUUGUCCUGUUGAAAAACAAAUGAUAGUCCCACUAAGCCCAAACUAGAUGGGAUGGCGUAUCGCUGCAGAAUGCUGUGGUAGCCAUGCUGGUUAAGUGUGCCUUGAAUUCUAAAUAAAUCACUGACCGUGUCACCAGCAAAGCACCCGCACACCACCUCCAUGCUUCACGGUGGGAACCACACAUGCAGAGAUCAUCCGUUCACCUACUCUGCAAAAAUCUCACAUUUGGAUUUGUCAGACCAAAGGACAGAUUUCCACCGGUUUAAUGUCCAUUGCUCAGGUUUCUUGGCCCAAGCAAGUCUCUUCUUCUUAUUGGUGUCAUUUAGUAGUGGUUUCUUUGCAGCAAUUUGACCAUGAAGGCCUGAUUCACGGAGUCUCCUCUGAACAGUUGAUGUUGAGAUGUGUCUGUUACUUGAACUCUGUGAAGCAUUUAUUUGGGCUACAAUCUGAGAUGCAGUUAACACUGCAGCAGAGGUAACUCUGGGUCUUCCAUUCCUGUGGCGGUCCUCAUGAGACCCAGUUUCAUCAUAGCGCUUGAUGGUUUUUGCGACUGCACUUGAAGAAACAUUCUAAGUUCUUGAAAUUUUUCGGAUACUUUUUUAAGUAAUGUACUGUUGUUUCUCUUUGCUUAUUUGAGCUGUUCUUGCCAUAAUAUGGACUUGGUCUUUUACCAAAUAGGGCGAACUUCUGUAUACCACCCCUACCUUGUCACAACACAACUGAUUGGCUCAAACAUUUACAUUUACGUCAUUUAGCAGACGCUCUUAUCCAGAGCGACUUACAAAUUGGUGCAUUCACCUUAUAGCCAGUGGGAUAACCACUUUACAAUAUGUUAAAACAUUUUUGGGGGUGGGGUAAGGGGGGGUAGAAGGAUGACUUUAUCCUAUCCCAGGUAUUCCUUAAAGAGGUGGAGUUUCAAGUGUCUCCGGAAGGUGGUGAGCGACUCCGCUGUCCUGGCGUCGUGAGGGAGCUUGUUCCACCAUUGGGGUGCCAGAGCAGCGAACAGUUUUGACUGGCCUGAGCGGGAACUGUGCUUCCGCAGAGGAAGGGGAGCCAGCAGGCCAGAGGUGGAUGAACGCAAUGCCCUCGUUUGGGUGUAGGGACUGAUCAGAGCCUGAAGGUACGGAGGUGCCGUUCCCCUCACUGCUCCAUAGGCAAGCACCAUGGUCUUGUAACGGAUGCGAGCUUCAACUGGAAGCCAGUGUAGUGUGUGGAGGAGCGGGAUGAUGUGAGAGAACUUGGGAAGGUUGAACAACAGACGGGCUGUGCCAUUCUGGAUGAGUUGUAGGGGUUUAAUGGCACAGGCAGGGAGCCCAGCCAACAGCGAGUUGCAGUAAUCCAGAUGGGAGAUGACAAGUGCCUGGAUUAGGACCUGUGUCGCUUCCUGUGUAAGGCAGGGUCGUACUCUCCGAAUGUUGUAGAGCAUGAACCUGCAGGAUCGGGUCACCGCCUUGAUGUUUGCGGAGAACGACAGGGUGUUGUCCAGGGUCACGCCAAGGCUCUUUGCACUCUGGGAGGAGGACACAACGGAGUUGUCAACCGUGAUGGCGAGAUCAUGGAACGGGCACUCCUUCCCCGGGAGGAAGAGCAGCUCCGUCUUGCCGAGGUUCAGUUUGAGGUGGUGAUCCGUCAUCCAUACUGAUAUGUCUGCCAGACAUGCAGAGAUGCGAUUUGCCACCUGGUUAUCAGAAGGGGGAAAGGAGAAGAUUAGUUGUGUGUCGUCUGCGUAGCAAUGAUAGGAGAGGCCAUGUGAGGAUAUGACAGAGCCAAAUGACUUGGUGUAUAGCGAGAAUAGGAGAGGGCCUAGAACUGAGCCCUGGGGGACACCAGUGGUGAGAGCACGUGGUGCGGAGACAGCUUCUCGCCACGCCACUUGGUAGGAGCAACCUGUCAGGUAGGACGCAAUCCAGGAGUGAGCCGCGCCGGAGAUGCCCAACUCGGAGAGUGUGGAGAGGAGGAAUUGAUGGUUCAGCAGGGUGGAGAAGGUGGCAAAGAGCUUCCUAGCGAUAAAUGAUAAGGAUGUUAAACUUGAAUGGGCUAGUGACAAACGCAUUAAGAAGGAAAGAAAUUCCACAAAUGAACUUUUAUUAACACACCUGUUAAUUGAAAUACAUUCCAGGGGACUACCUCCAUAAAGCUGGUUAUUUCAUAGUUUUGAUGUCUUCAAUAUUAUUCUACAAUGCAGAAAAUAGUCAAAAUAAAGAAAAACCCUGGAAUGAGUAGGUGUCCAAACCUUUGACUGGUGCUGUGUAUAUAUAAAUCCUAGCCUCUUCAUUGAUGAUAGGCCCCGUUUUACUUCAGUUGCAAGAAAUUGCGAGCCAAGAAAUUACGAAAUACAGCAUUCCGUUGAGAGAUACAGCCUUUGAUUGCCAAUAGAUAGGCCUAGUGCACGGUUCUGACUGUCUGUCUGGUGGCUGACCUGCCUAUACUGAUAGAUAGGCCUAGUGCACGGUUCUGUCUGUCUGGUGGCUGACCUGCCUAUACUGAUAGAUAGGCCUAGUGCACGGUUCUGACUGUCUGUCUGGUGGCCGACCUGCCUAUACUGAUAGAUAGGCCUAGUGCACGGUUCUGUCUGUCUGGUGGCUGACCUGCCUAUACUGAUAGAUAGGCCUAGUGCACGGUUCUGUCUGUCUGGUGGCUGACCUGCCUAUACUGAUAGAUAGGCCUAGUGCACGGUUCUGACUGUCUGGUGGCUGACCUGCCUAUACUGAUAGAUAGGCCUAGUGCACGGUUCUGACUGUCUGUCUGGUGGCCAACCUGCCUAUACUGAUAGAUAGGCCUAGUGCACGGUUCUGUCUGUCUGGUGGCUGACCUGCCUAUACUGAUAGAUAGGCCUAGUGCAGGGUUCUGUCUGUCUGGUGGCUGAUCUGCCUAUACUGAUAGAUAGGCCUAGUGCACGGUUCUGUCUGUCUGGUGGCUGACCUGCCUAUACUGAUAGAUAGGCCUAGUGCACGGUUCUGACUGUCUGGUGGCUGACCUGCCUAUACUGAUAGAUAGGCCUAGUGCACGGUUCUGUCUGUCUGGUGGCUGACCUGCCUAUACUGAUAGAUAGGCCUAGUGCACGGUUCUGACUGUCUGGUGGCUGACCCGCCUAUACUGCCCCUCUCUCUGUCCCUCGCUAGCUAGCUAUAAAAGAUGUGAGUGUUUGUGUUCUCGGAAGUAUGGCAACUAAAAAUACUGAGUCUUAUGAGUCGAUUCCUAGCGGAAGAUGAGUUUUCUUUCUUCUAAAUGUAUUGGUAUUUAACCAAUUUAUACCCAUUGGUACUCACUUUUUAAAGUACUUUUUUUUUUGCAGGCAGUAAGGCAGGCAGCUCUAUUAUUUGAUUGACAGUUCUGGUCGCCUAGUGAUGGAAGUUAGUCUGAAGAAGAAUUCCUUUACAGACAAGUAAAAUGGCAGUUCAGUGGUGCAUCAACUAUCUCCAGAGAAGGUUUGUUUUGUGUCUGCAUUUAAAAAGCUGCGGUGUAUCCUCACAGACAAAUAAACAUGCUGUAGCCGAGGCGCUUUCAAAGAUAUUUGACUGCGGUAGAUACAUUUUAUUAGGUACACCACCCCGUUCACGAAAAUGCAUCGCUCCUACAGACAGUGAGUUACGUGGCCGUGGCUUGCUAUAUAAAGCAGGCGGACAGGCAUCAAGGCAUUCAGUUACUGUUGGAUUGAACGUGGGCAAAACGAGUGACCUAAGCGACUUUGAGCGUGGUAUGAUUGUUGGUGCCCCUCUUGUACCACAGUAACAAAAAAAACAUCCAGUCAGCGGCAGUCCUGUGGGCGACGACAGCUCGUUGAUGAGCGAACGUCGAAGGAGAACGGCGAGAACAGUGUAAGCUAACGGGCUGUUCGCAGCAUGAGAUGUACCACCGUCCCAUCUGUGGCAACAGUGUGAUGCCAUUGCGUCAGCAUGGACCAACAUUCCUGUGGAAGGUUUCCGACACCUUGUGGAAUGUCCCGAAUAAUUCAGGCUGUUCUGGAGGCAAAGGGGGGGGGUCCGACCCAGUACUAAAUGGGUGUACCUAAUAAACUGCAUAUGUAAUAGGACCAUUAUUCUGUGAAUUGACGUGUAAUUUUAUCAUUUUUUUCCUUAUCGUUUUAACUGGGAACAAUUUUUUUUUUUUUUAAUGGCAGUUUAAAUGUUAAGCAGAAUUGUCCAUUUGUCACAUCUCUAGUUAUUGGUUGCUUAUUGAUUGGUUAUUGGUUGCUUAUUGAUUGGUUAUUGGUUGCUUAUUGAUUGGUUAUUUCUGUGUGUGUUUCAGAGUGGAGGAGGUAGAGGCCAACCCCUCUCCAACAGGGUCAGACGUUCUCUCAACCCCUUUCUCUACAGAAACACAGAGUACGAUGUCUGGGUGAAGUCCAAGAGAGGUACAUUUUAAAAUACUUUAUUUUAAUCCAAAUCCAAUUACAUCAAGAAGGAUUCGAUCAUUUAAAAGAGUUGGUCUUUGCUGCUAUAACAGCCUCCACUCUUCUGGGAAGGCUUUCCACUAGAUGUUGGAACAUUGCUGCGGGGACUUGCUUCCAUUCAGCCACAAGAGCAUUAGUGAGGUCGGGCACUGAUGUUGGGCGAUUAGGCCCGGCUCGCAGUCGGCGUUCCAAUUCAUCCCAAAGGUGUUAGAUGGGGUUGAGGUAAGGGCUCUGUGCAGGCCAGUCAAGUUCUUCCACACCGAUCUCGACAAACCAUAUCUGAAUGGACCUCGCUUUGUGCUCGGGUGCAUUGUAAUGCUGAAACAGGAAAGGGCCUUCCCCAAACUGUUGCAACAAAGUUGGAAGCACAGAAUCGUCUAGAACGUCAUUGUAUGCUGUAGCGUUAAGAUUUCCCUUCACUGGAACUAAGGAGCCUAGCCAGAACCAUGAAAUACAGCCCCAGACCAUUAUUCCUCCUCCACCAAGCUUUACAGGUGGCACUAUGCAUUGGGGCAGGUAGCGUUCUCCUGGCAUCCGCCAAAACCAGAUUCGUCCGUCGGACUGCCAGAUGGUAAAGCGUGAUUCAUCACUCCAGAUAAACGUGUUUACACUGGUCCAGAGUCCAAUGGCGGUGAGCUUUACACCACUCCAGCCGACGCUUGGCAUUGCGCAUGGUGAUCUUAGGCUUGUGUGCGGCUGCUCGGCCAUGGAAACCCAUUUCAUGAAGCUCCCAACGAACAGUUAUUGUGCUGACGUUGCUUCCAGAGGCAGUUUGGAACUCAGUAGCGAGUGUUGUAACCGAGGACAGACGAUUUCUACGCGCUUCAUCAUUCGGCGGUCCCGUUCUGUGAGCUUGUGUGGCCUACCACUUCGCGGCUAAGAUGUUGUUGCUCCUAGACGUUUCCACUUCACAAUAACAGCACUUACAGUUGACCGGGGCAGCUCUAGCAGGGCAGAAAUUUGACGAACUGACUUGUUGGAAAGGUGGCAUCCUAUGACGGUGCCAUGUUGAAAGUCACUGAGCUCUUCAGUACGGGCCAUUCUACUGCCAAUGUUUGUCUAUGGAGAUUGCAUGGCUGUGUGCUCAAUUUUAUACACCUGCCAGCAACGGGUGUGGCUGAAAUAGCUGAAUCCACUAAUUUGAAGGGAUGACCACAUACUUUGGGCAAUAUAGUGUAGUUUAGUGAUUUAAUAUUACUUUUUAUUUCUAUUCUGUUUUUAUUUGAAAUUCAGUUGUCAGUUUACGGUCAUGACAUGUUGUGUUUAUGUAAUAUUAAACAUGUAUCACUGACUAACCCCUUCAAAAAGGGUUCAGAAAAACGGCUGCAAUACAACAAUUCUUCACAGAUCUUUCAGUUUAACAGUUUUGUGUGUGUGUGUGUGCACAUUUCUGUUCAACCAAACAUGAUUUUCUGGUGUAUUAUUUAAGAGACUGCAUUCCAGAGAGGUGGUCGUUCGGUUUCUCAAGCCUGAUGACAGUUGUCCACAGACACAGAAUAUUCUCUCCACGAACGCUUGGGGUGCGGUGGUAGAAAACAGAUCUAGUGUGACAGGGCACCGCUUUGGAUAAACAACUCGGUCAACAUGCCUCCCUUUACCACUUCCAGGUAUUUCCACAGCUCACACGGGGCACGUAAUGCCCUGCCUGGUUGACCCUCCGGCUGGACAGUGACCUCAGACACUAUCUUUGAUGCGAGGAAGCUAAAUUUCUGAAGGACUGUGGUCGAGAUGCUUGCUGGAUUCAUCGUGCUGGCAUCUUCCUGGGGGUCCUUCUGCGCCACGGCUGUACUCUCUGAUUUGCUGAAGUACAAAAUACUUUUGCUUCUCUGAUCAGUGGCUCCGUCUCUCUUAUGGGAAGUGCCAGAGACACACGCAGUGACCUUCAGGAGGACCUGUGCCAACUGUUUUGCAACAGUAGUUUGAAUGCAAGUGUGCCUCCAAGGGUGAGAAGGCACGGCACCACAUCAGACAGGUGAUUGGCUGUUAGUUUUGAAGUUUGGUCGGUGUGGAUUUGCGAACGGCUCCUGCGACUUCACCAGCUGCUCAAGCCUGGCCCAGUCACGCUCAGUGGACGCCCUCGGAUUUCAUCCCUGUUAGCUAGUAAUAGCUAGGCCUAUUUGAAAUAUCGCCAUCUACUGGCAGCAUUUACCUGCCGGAUUCAGACGCUAGGAAAAAAUGGUGGUUUUUAUUUGAGUUAGUUUUGCAGUCAAAGAUAGUUUCAGUAUAGUUUGUUUUUAUUUGGCUGAAUUGUUUUUCCAUUUUAGUUUAUUUUAGUUUCAGUUUUCAUUUACUAUAAUAACCUUGGUACCUGUGUUUGUAUUGAGUGGUGGUGUCAUGGGGAUUUUGUUCACCUGUUCUAACUUGGUUAUUUCCUGUUUCAGCUCAGCAAAAGCUGGAUUUCUGCAUCGCUGCUGGGAUGCAGUACACCGUGGGAGACAAGUGCAAGGUGCGGUGUGUGUGUGUGUGAGGUCUUCACUCCACUGACUGUGUUUUGUGUGGAUGCUCUCUGAUAGUGUAGUUGUUCUGCCCCGCCCCCUCUAGGUUCGCCUUGACAACGGUGGGCGUUACUAUGGCGCCUACAUCCAGGAAGUGUCGCCUGACAACGGGCCCGUCACUGUCUUCAUAGAGGAACUGGGCAGGAAGUAGGUCAUCUCUCUCCUUUUUAUAGGAUUUUUGUUCUCUGCUUUACCCUGUCAUGUUUUAUAGUGUUCUGGGCUUUACCCUGUCAUGUUUUAUAGUUGUUCUGGGCUUUACCCUGUCAUGUUUUAUAGUUGUUCUGGGCUUUACCCUGUCAUGUUUUAUCGUUGUUCUGGGCUUUACCCUGUCAUGUUUUAUAGUUGUCUGGGCUUUACCCUGUCAUGUUUAUAGUUGUUCUGGGCUUUACCUGUCCAUGUUUUAUCGUUGUUCUGGGCUUUACCCUGUCAUGUUUUAUAGUUGUUCUGGGCUUUACCCUGUCAUGUUUUAUAGUUGUUCUGGGCUUUACCCUGUCAUGUUUUAUAGUUGUUCUGGGCUUUACCCUGUCAUGUUUUAUAGUUGUUCUGGGCUUUACCCUGUCAUGUUUUAUAGUUGUUCUGGGCUUUACCCUGUCAUGUUUUAUCGUUGUUCUGGGCUUUACCCUGUCAUGUUUUAUCGUUGUUCUGGGCUUUACCCUGUCAUGUUUUAUCGUUGUUCUGGGCUUUACCCUGUCAUGUUUUAUAGUUGUUCUGGGCUUUACCCUGUCAUGUUUUAUAGUUGUUCUGGGCUUUACCCUGUCAUGUUUUAUAGUUGUUCUGGGCUUUACCCUGUCAUGUUUUAUCGUGUGUGUGAAUGUGUCCAGACGCUCUGUAUCCCUCUGGAACCUGCGGCCCCCCACAGACGAGACGACGUCCUGGAGCACGGUGACCCGAGACGGAAAGAGACUGAACAACGUCUCCACUCCACACCCUGGUAAGGACCCUACACCUGUCCCCUAG